AUGCCGCCACCUCCGCCGCCAGUAGAUGACGUCCUAUGGUCACCCGCGUCUUCAUUUGGCGCGCGAUCCACACGCUCACUGUCUACCACGUCUCGGAACUCAAACAGACUCUCAUUGACUCUGCCAAUCGCGCCACCAUCAAACACACCAUCUCGUCCAACUCCGAUCAGUACGACUGCGCCAUCCUUUCCCCCAACUCCAAAGGAUACUCCUCUGGUUCGGUCCCCGACGGAUGCCAAUGACUUCAUUCACGCUAUUGCUGCUCAAGAGAGACGCGUGUUGGAAAUCCGUGAGGAGUUGAAAAACGCCGAGGCGGAACUGACACGACUCAAGAAGCAGUGGGGCGCGUUCGACUCGGUCAGGAAACGCAACGCCAUGGUCAAUGGGGAGCCAUUACGAUCGAUUCAGUCUUUGCACAACUCACCUGCUACUGAUGAUGUUGAAGGUACGCGGCGGAGUAUCGAGCUGGACCGGAGAAGGACGAUGAUGAUGAGCCAGCAGCUCAACAAGGAGGGCACACCUAAUUCAGGAAGGCGACGUAUCAUCCGCGGUGGGCAUACUCGAGCUUUGUCUCUCCUGUCGCCCACAAAGCCACAGGAAUUCCACCUCCUUGACCUCGACGACCCACUAGACGCUCACAAACCGCCAGUGAAGGACUCCGAACCUCACCUUCAACAUCUCGGUCGUUCCUCACCAAUCACGGUUGCUCAGCUGAACAAGCGCGCAUCUUGGGCGCCUCGCUCGGCCAGUCCCUCCAAUCACGGCGUAAAGCAGAUGGCAGAGGACUUCAAAGCAGGUCUGUGGACUUUCGUGGAUGAUCUGCGCCAAGUUGCUGUUGGAGAUGAGCCCAUCAAUGGGGGUGGGGCUCAACGCAGAGGCUCCAACAGAAUGAGUGAGGGCGAAAAAGAUGGUGACACGAUCCGAGCAUCCGCCACCCCUGCGCGGCCACGCCUUAGCAGCACGUUCAGCGACGUUACCCCCACGCCCACGUCGCGGUUCUCGGAUCCCCUCAAGGAAUCGGAUACAGCCAACCUAGGACGCCCAAAACGGACCAACUCCAAGCGCACGAAGCACUUCUCCUGGACGCCCCUCAGCGUCGACUCCUUCGACGACAACGACUGGUCAAACUGGGACAGUCCCGUGUCAUCCUCGCCUCGAUGGAGCGGCACUACUGUCAGCGGCGACCUUAUCACGCCAAUCCCUGAAAAGGGCGACGAAAACGAACCGCCACUCAAGAACCAGACCGCGACAUCGAGCGACUGCGAGCCUCCCCUCUCCCCUUCGCCAUCAGCACUGAAGCUGGAGGAAUUGUCUCUGAAUGUUCUGAAUAAGUUGAGGAGUCUUGGAGAGCCUGUGACCCCUAUCAAAAACAAGGCCUGUUGA